AUGGCAUCUCUGGUGGUGAGACGCAGUGUCGUCUUGGCCUUUUUGGUUCUUCUCGUGACCCUCUCCGUGGAAGGCUCUCAUUUUCGCGGGGCGACCUUCUCUUGGAAACCGAUUCCAAACGACCCGGACACGAUCCAGUGCAACUUUCGUGUGAGUUGGAGGAGGUCUAGCGGCGAGGGUGGUGACUGUGACCAGACCACUAUAAACACCAAUCGCCUAAUCGGCAGUGGUAACUGGGACACCCCUGAAGGCUCUCUUCCCGCCCAAUACUACUGUACUGACUUCAGUGUGCAGGAGGACUGGUCACAGGGGUCCAACUCCAUGAACGUUUCCAUGCAGGGAAACACGGUCACCGAUAUAAGCUUUGACAGCUGUUGUUGGAUCACUGUUCAACAUCCAAACGGAGGAACCCACGAUCCAGAUUGGAAUUUGGUCGCUCAUGUUGACUUGUCAGUCAGACCUGACACCGGGCGCCCAAACUCCUCCCCUAUCUCAGCCAGCUCAGCUAUAUACAGGAUACAGAUCAGCUGUGACACCGUGAUCCGAAUCCCGCGGGAAGACCCGGACGGAGACGUGGUGAAGUGUCGGUACGCGUCGGUUUACAGCGAGUGUGGGGAGGCUUGUGAUCCGCUCCCGUUCUCUGUUCUCGAUGAGGACAAGUGCGAGAUCUCGUACAGGACGUCCAUGGGCAGCCUGAGGCCGGGAUGGUACGCCAUGGCCUUAACGCUAGAGGACUAUCCACCAGGCGCCGCUACCACUGUCGGGGCGGGGCUGAGUCGUGUGCCACUGCAGUUCCUCGUUGAUGCUUACACCUCCAACAACCAGUGCAACAUGAAACCAGUUCUGACCGGUCGCACCCCUCAAGACAGGGACAGAGUCCUGGUUCCCGGUGGAGGAACCUAUCAUGCCGUACUGGAGGCAGAGUCUCCUAACCCUGGUGUUAGCAUUGCAGAGAUCUCGACCGUGUCUCCCCUCGGUAUGAUAAAGUCUGCCCUGACAACCGAUUCUGACAAUCCCCCUUUGUGA